GCGAGGAAGGCCAUCUCUAAUCGACUGCCCCGUUUCGUCGCUGAAAAAGAAUUUCAGAAGAAUUUAUUUACAAAUUUCUGUAGAAAAUCGCGGGAAUUCGUGCGCUUAGAGCACGCCUAAAUGUUUGCAAACACAUAGCGUGUGUUUAUCUGAAUAGGAUAGUUGAAAAUAGAUUAGCACACGGAAUGGCGGCCAACAACAAUAGCAACCUGCACAACCUGUCGGGGGCAGGGGGCCUGGCCAGUUCUGUGAUUGCGUCGACGGGCACCCCGGGAGUGGGAUCCUCGCCAGCUGUGGCCAGCACCUCCUCCUCGGCGUCGCAGAGUGCCUGGGAUCAGUUGACGGCAAGUAGCUCCAAUAACAUUGCGCCCUCACCGACGGCAGGAGCUCCCACGGUCACCGGACCCAUAAUGUCGGACACUCCGGGACCUGGGGCGGGAAGUUCGCCGGUGGCAAGCUGCUCCUCCCCCUCGACACCCACAAAAACACAUGCUCCUUCUCCGCUGGAGACCAUGGCACACACUCCACAAGGACCACCUACCCUAGGGCCCGGCGGAUAUGGUGAGGAGCUCACUGCGGAGCUGGUGAAUCAGGGAUGGCGCAAGUUCUGGUCUAAGCGAGAGAAUCGUCCCUACUACUGGAACAAAGUUACCGGAGAAUCCCUGUGGGAGAUGCCCGGCACCAGGCCAUUCGAUCCGCUCACCGAUCCGCUGGGCAUUUGUCAUGCCGGUGGUUCCACGCCCGUGACCCCGAAUAUGCACCAACAGCAGCAGCAACACCAUCAUCUGAAGCGGAGACCCUCGGACGACAUGCACAUCCAUUCGAAUCAUCAGCAUCAUGUCGGCGGCGGGCCCCCAAUGAAGAAAUUUGUGUUGGCCGGUCCCUGGGACUUGGAGGUGUGCACCAAUGCGGUAAUUGUGGAGCGACCUCCAACUCUUCUCCCGCAGCCGCAUCCGGAGAUUGAGGCUCUGCGGGCGGCGUUCAGCAUGAAGCUGUUGAAAACCUACGAGGACCUUUGCAUGCGAAGGGAGAACAUCAAAGCGCCGAGGGAUUCUUUCAAUCGUUGGCUAAUGGAGCGCAAGGUUAUCGACACUGGAUGCGAUCCGCUGUUGCCCAGCAGUUGCCUGCCCGAGAUAUCCAGCUCCAUGUACCGGGAAAUCAUGUCCGAUAUUCCGAUCAAAAUUGUUAAACCGAAGUUCACGGGGGAUGCCCGGAAGCAGCUCUCCCGCUACGCAGAGGCAGCUAAGCAGAUUAUCGAAUCCCGUUCGGCGCCAGCCGAGUCCAAAAAGGUGGUCAAGUGGAACGUGGAGGACACCUUCCAAUGGCUGAGGCGGACAGUGGGCGCCAGCUACGAGGAUUUCCAGGAUCGCCUGGCCCACUUGAAGCGCCAAUGUGAGCCGCAUCUGGUGGAAACGGUCAAGAGCUCGGUAGAGACUCUCUGCGUCAAGAUCUACCACCACUCGGCGGACCAUGCCCGGAAGAUUCGCGAGCGUCAUCUACAGCUGCUGAAGGAGCAUGGUAUACCGGAACCGACACCUCCGCCGCCGCCUCCUCACCUCAAGAAAGUGUGGUGCUAUCCCAUCCAGUUUGCCGUUCCAUCGCCGAGAAUGCCAGCGAUCGAGUAUCUGCAGGAUCGCGACCAUAUGAUCAUCAAAUACACUCCCGCCACCAUAAACCAGCCGGAUGCGCAGUACAUCAACCUCACCUAUCUGCAAAAGCUGGAGCAGCUCUAUCGCCAUAACUGUUUCGACGACAAAAAGUUCGACCUGUUCAUCGGACGCGUGUGGUGUCUGCUGAAGAGGUACCAAACCUUCCUGGGCAAUGCCCUCAACUCAUCACAGGAGGCGGAGCUUACCCAGGCCGCGUUGCCGGUUCCAGUGUUUGAGUGCCUGCACCGCCACUUUGGAGUGAGCUUCGAGUGCUUCGCCUCGCCGUUCAACUCCUAUUUCCGGCAGUACUGCUCAGCUUUUGCCGACACGGAUGCCUACUUUGGAUCCAGAGGACCCUUCUUGGAUUUCAAGCCCGUUUCGGGAUCGUUCCAAGUGAAUCCUCCCCAUUGCGAGGAGUUGAUAGAGGCCUCCUUGAUGCACAUCGACAAGCUGCUUACCGACACAAUGGAGCCCUUAAGCUUCAUUGUAUUUCUACCGGAGUGGAAGAGUAUAUCCAAGCUGGAUGACAGCAUGUACAAGCGACGGUCCAUGGUGGUUCUGGGAAUGGCUCACGAAUACAGGCACGGCUACCAGCACAUGAUGCAAAAGUAUAUGUCCGACGUGCUGGUGAAGUGCAUGCAGGGCACCCAAGUGGUGUGGCUGCAGAACAGCGCUGGCUACGCCCGCUGGGGACCCAACGAGAUCCGAGUGGAGGCGCUGCGCGAGGCAUUUCGCCCGCAACGAGACAGGGAGCGUGAGCGGGCCGCAGCGGUUGCCCAGUCAUCAGGAGUGAAUCCCAGCCAGCAAUCGCCGUUGACAGCCACGCCACCUUCCACAUCGUCCACUUCGGUACUGGGAACGCCGACGACGAACAGUGGCAUCAAUAGCAACAGCUCAUCGUCAGCUGUUACAACUAGCACGAGCAGUAGCCCGUCACCGUCGACCAGUUCCCCGCUGUCGCCCCACACGCCCACCGGAAAUCCGCCACCACAGUUCCCGAUGACCAUCAGCAACACUUCAAGUAGCAGCAAUCUGGUGGCCGCCUCGCCCACAAUGAGUGUUCAGAGCGACUGCUCCUCGCCGUCGUCCUCCACAAUGUCCCUGUCGCCGGCGCCGGCCUCUGGCGGUUAUCCGGAUGGUGGGUCAUCGGCCACGUCGGCGGCGGUGAGUAUAACGGCCACGGCGAGCACAUCGGCAGCGUCCGGAGCUGGGUCAGCAUUCGGCCAAGCGACUAGCAUUAGCAGCACAGCCUCUUCGCAGGCACAGGUCAUUAAUUCAGCCGUCUAAAAUGAAUCCCCUGAAGGGAUUCCGCAAUCCAUAGAGGAGUCUAUUUUUUACCAUGUUUCGGGCCUGGUGCCACUGUUGUGUUUCCUUCUAUUAGCAUAAAUUAGGGAUACAUAAUUAGGCACCUAAUUAUUUUUUUAAAAUCCGGUUCAUCAGAUUGCAACCUGCAAGUUUUUAAAAGCUCCAUAACAUGGAAGACAACGCAAUAUUUUCUUUAUACAUAUUUUUUUCCAAGGCUUUAGUUUUUAAAUUUACACAUUUCUUGGCCAUUGGCUGCUGGUAUUGCCCCGUUCGCAAGUUAAAAUUAAUUGUAAAUAUGUUGUAUUUAAUUUGAAAUAGUUGAUAGUGUCGGCGUGGCCGUAGAUUAUCUUAUGUAACCGAGAUGCCCAAUAAAGAGGGGCCGAGCUACCCAGCAAAAGACUUAGUAUGCAUACUCAGUGUGGGUAGUGUGUUGGUUCUCUAUCCUUGUUUUAGGUUCACAAUGGUUUUCCAUUCGAAAAAAAAAAAUAAAUAAAUAUACAAAUAAAUAAAUGAAAAUUAAAAUAAAACCCUUUCGAAAACGAACUAUAUGCCCUUAACAAUCUUUUGUGAGACUAUUAACGUACUAGGAUACAAUUACUUUUAAAGAAUUAUGGAACGCGAUUAACUAAAUAAUACACUAUCGCCUGUACAAAUCAAUAAAAACAAUACCUAAAGUAAGUAGAGAAGUUAAAACUAAGAGAUAUAAUACGGAUUGCGCAGAGAACCAAAUUUGUAAUUAAUACAAUACCAUUACUACGCACCGCACAACAAACAAUUAAUUAAACCCGAAAGAUAGUCCGGAUGAGUUACCAAUUCGAAACUCCUCUGGGCAGAUUCUUCAACCAAAACUAAUGGGAAUUUAGCCAAUUUAUAGAAAGUAGCACUCGGCAACAUUUUUAGAAACCAAUUAACAUUUAAGCCUUAAAUAAUAAACUAAAACAAUAUGCCACCACCCACAAUCCACACCCCACACCAACCCACACCCCAUAUGUAUCCGACUAAAGUGAAAAAAAGAUAACACAAAAGCAUUUUUGCGCUUAAUCGAACAGUUUCUUUAAUUCAAACCUGUUAUUAUGUAAACUUUUUUAUUAUUAUUAUAUUAUAUAGACAUCGUAUCGCAUAAGAGUGUAUAUGUGAAUGUGUGUAUGUAAUUUUGGAUAUGGAUUAGCUGUUGACUAUAAAGAAAACUUAAAUGCUAUAAACGCAAAGCAAAAA